GGAGGGAGUAGGUGGGGCGAGAGGGUGUUAGUGGGGCUUAGGAGAGCGAAAGCAGCGUUAGUCGACGAGGAGCGUAGUGGCCCUCGAUGGAAGCCAGAGGUCAUCGCUUAAAGCGCGCGAGGGUUUCGGUUACUUUGCGCCGCGUCGUCAUCGAGCGCGUUAGAGGCAAUCGGUCGCGCAUAAUUAUCCAAUUGAGUGCCGUAACUUUAUCUCUAUCGCUCUCCCCAUUAGCCCGAUGGUGGCGUUCCCCGCCUCGCCGAUGGCAUUUCCUACGCGUCUUGCUUGCUCUUUUCCUUUUUGUUCCUGCGCGGGGGCACGACUGCCCAGGGGAUGUUGGCCGAGGCUCAGUCGCGCUUGCCCCGCGAGACCGAGUACGCGUGGGCUCGACGACGUUGUCCGCCUCCCGGGAGAUUAUACCUAAGGGAUUACGAGUGUGCGCUCGGUCAAAUGAAGAGGAGCUACUAUUGGCCGGUACUAUUGCUGCUGGCGGGUAUGGCGUUGGUCCUGGUAACGAGCGAGGCGGCUAAGGGCGGAGGUGGUGGUCGUGGUCGAGGCAGAGGUGGUCGGGGACGGGUCUACGGAUCGCGCAUACCGAUACUUAUACCAAAUCGCAAUCCUGGCGCUAUAAACUACUACGAGAAUAAGGACGGUGCGAAAAUAACAAAAGCAUCACAUUUCGAAUUGGAUUACAUGCUUGGAAGAAAAAUUACAUUUUUUUGCAUGGCUACUGGGAUUCCCAGACCGGAAAUCACGUGGUUCAAGGAUGGGGUCGAGCUUUAUCACCAUAAGUUUUUCCAGGUGCAUGAGUGGCCCAUCGGUAACGACACCAUGAAAUCAAAAAUGGAAAUUGAUCCGGCAACUCAAAAGGAUGCUGGAUAUUACGAGUGCCAAGCGGAUAAUCAGUACGCUGUAGAUCGUCGUGGAUUUCGGACAGAUUAUGUUAUGAUUUCGUAUUAGAUCUAAUUGACUUUUAUGCGUCCCAACCCAGCGACACACUUUCAUUAAAUCUUUUAUUCCGUUCAACAAUUUAGUCAUAUCUUCUCUAAAUGUCUUGGAGUAUAAUAAUAAUUAGUUGCCCGAAUACAACCGAGUGUAUUUUCAAAUGUACUUAGGUUAGAUUAAAGUGGCCGAAUUUUUUCACGUGACAAAGUAUAUUU